CUGUAUCAGUCCCCAACCUCCUCCGCCUCGAUACCAAGACCACCCGGAAAACUGCAUCCUAGGGCGGGAGGGGAGACGACAAUGACGAUCCUCCGCUCGCCGCCGUGUUCGCCGUCUGCCGCCCUCUCUCCUCCCCAAUGCCGAACGGUCCGGCCCUUCUAUACCAAUCCAAUCGUCCUACUCUCCCGCCGCCGCAUCGCCCUCUUCACACGCCCAUGCGGCAGUGGCCCGCGGAGACCCGACGAUGUCGACGAACGCGGCUUCGAGAGAUGCAGGAGAAGGUCAACGAUGGCGGCGGCGGCGGCGAAGCGGCUGUUGGCUCCCGCCCGUGCCGCGAGCAAUCCUCUCGCGGACAGCGGCGCCGAUGGAGAAAGCGAGCGUAGCCUGCGAGAGGUCAUCGUACGAGCUGGAGAAGUGCUGUCGUUGGCUUUCCCUUUGUGGGUGGGGUCUGCGUGCGUCCUUGCCCUCUGGAAGCCGUCAUCGUUCCUCUGGGCGCACAAGAACUGGCAGAUCCUCGGCCUCACCCUCACCAUGCUCGGUAUGGGCAUGACGCUGACGCUCCAAGAUCUGAGAGGUGCGCUACUGAUGCCCAAGGAGUUGGCUGCGGGUUUCGUCCUCCAAUACACGGUGAUGCCUUUGUCAGGGUUUUUUGUCAGCAAGCUGUUAGAUUUGCCUUCUCAUUAUGCUGCUGGUUUGAUAUUGGUUGCUUGCUGCCCUGGAGGCACAGCAAGUAACAUCGUUACUUAUCUUGCAAGGGGAAACGUUGCCCUCUCAGUGUUGAUGACGGCGGCAAGCACCUUUACUGCCAUGAUAAUGACACCUUUUCUUACGUCCAAACUUGCUGGACAAUUUGUUGCAGUUGAUCCAGUUGGGCUCUUCUUGUCUACUGUCCAGGUUGUUCUUGCCCCUGUACUACUGGGUGCUCUUCUGAACCAGUAUUGCAACAGUCUGGUCGAGUUUGUUUCCCCCUUGAUGCCAUUAGUUGCUGUUGGAAGUGUUGCACUGCUUUGUGGUAGUGCAAUCGCCCAAAAUGCCUCUGCUAUCCUUUCCUCUGGAUUGCAAGUGGUGAUAUCCGUUUGUUGUCUUCAUGGUUCGGGCUUUUUCUUCGGUUAUGUAUUAUCAAGGAUGCUGGGAAUCGAUGUGUCUUCUUCCCGCACCAUCUCCAUCGAGGUUGGGAUGCAGAAUUCAGUGCUUGGAGUAGUGCUUGCUGGUCAGCAUUUUGCCAAUCCCUUGACUUCAGUUCCUUGUGCCGUUUCUAGCAUCUGCCAGUCAGUCUAUGGCAGUAUAUUAGCUGGAAUCUGGCGUCGGAUGACUCCCACGACCCAAGCGAAGGAUUAACUUUUCUGUGCCCAAAAAAACAUUAGGAAGUCAUGCAUGUUGUACCAACUUAUGUUGUCGCCCUAGAAGUCAAGCAUGCCCAAAGGAAAAUUCUUUUCCGUGAUGUCUAUUUAGUCAUAGUGAAAAAACAUUAAGAACUUUUGCAUGUUGUCUGAACUGGAAUCAUUUUUCUCUUAGCAGCUUUUUGAUGUGGUCUUGUACCAAAAGAAACUUCUUUUUUGUGAAAGACCAUUAAGUCUUAGUAAUGUUGACGUAAUGUGCUCGUCUAAUUUCCCUGAGCAAAGUUGACUUGAAUGCCCGCUUUGA